CGGGCCAGGGAUUGGGGGGUGGCCUGGAGCCCCCAGCCACCAUGAGGGUUCAGCGCAGGCUGGCGAGGGAGCCCCUGGAGAUCCAGGUGGUGAGGGUGAAGGAGGAAGGAACCGGGUGCCCCGAGUACGUCUCGGAGCCGUUGAGCCAGGAGGGGGCCGAUGGCCUCAGCACCUGCUGCCACGCCCACCCGGGGCCGUGCCUGUUCCUUGCCCUGCCCGCCCUGCUGGCAGUGUCCCCGCAGCCACGCCCCGGCACCGAGUGGGACCCCAGCCCCACGGCUAAGCCCUUCGCCUGCUCGGUCUGCCCUAAGCGCUUCCAGCGCUCCUCGGACCGGCGGGACCACGAGCGGGUGCACACGGGCGAGCGCCCCUACCGCUGCCAGGUGUGCAGCCAGCACUUCACCCAGUCCUCAGUGCUGACCGGCCACAUGCGCAUCCACGCGGGCGAGCGCCCCUUCGCCUGCGGCAUCUGCAGCCAGCGCUUCACCCAGUCCUCAGCCCUGUCCACCCACCAGCGCAUCCACACGGGCGAGUGCCCCUUCCGCUGCCCUGGCUGCCCCAAGAGUUUCAACAACUCCUCCAAGUACGCCAAGCGCCGGCGGCUGCACUCGGGGAAGCGCCCCCACCGCUGCGCCCUGUGCGGAAAGGGCUUCCAGGAGCGCCAGUGGGUGGUCUGGCACCUCCAGGCCAGGCACCCUCCGCUGGGGUGGGCACCAGGUGGGGCCCACGGCCGGCCCCUGCACCUGCCAGUGGACUGAAUACCCACAUCCAGGCUGGGCAGCAGUCAUUGGCAUGUGGUGCAGUUGGGGAGGCCAUGGCAUGGCCAGGCGAUGGGCACUGGGCUGAGAGGUAAAAUGCCUCAGCCAAAUCCUCUGCUAGCAGCGAUCUCCCCCCCCCACGUAUGUCCUGCUUUGGGAUGCUCUGGAGCGCGGGUGGGGGAAGUGUUCACCCGCCCAGUUUUCAGCAUGCUGUUUUUCACCUUUGUGGAAUGAAUUUUUUUCCCACCCCAAACCUCAAAAAUAACCAGAACAUCUCCCAUUCGAUAUAAAACAUGGGGGGGGGGGGCAUUUCCCCUCCACAACAUGGAAAAUAACUUGCAAAACAAAUCAAUUUUCCCCCAAUGCUCCAGAGAUUACAAGCUUGGUUGAUAAAGGGCAUCGUUUUGAUCUAAUAUUUUGACUUGGUACCGCGCAAUAUUUUGAUCAAGACUUUAGAAUGGUG